CUGCUCUGCGUAAUCCAAUCUGUAGCAAGUGAAUGCAGGGCUUCCGGCAUCCGAUUUGAAGACGUCAGCGACCUUCCGCCUGAAAUUCAGAAGAGGCUCAAAAAACGUGUUCCUGGCAAACAGUUGGGUCCUGGAGAUAAAGUCGCAACAUAUUAUGUGACUGAUGCUGAUAAUACGAACGGAAGGUGGAAUGUUCGCAUCGAUAGGGAUUCGGAUGAAGAAAGCGUCUACUUCACAGUGAAGAUGCAAGGUGAAAAGAUGAGAUUUUCCAAUUCAAGCGAAUCUGACUUCCUCAGUGGUUAUCAGGGCUGCCAGGAAUCUAUUCUCGAUCUGCCAAAAAACUCGUCACUGCAAGUAAUUAGCGACUCUGAAGAAUAA